AUGAGGAUGAAGGUGAUGAAGGUGUCCGACAACGAUGUUGGCAAGGAGCAGGGCACUCUGUUGGACUCGGGCUCAACGCAUGUCUUGCGACCAGCUAGAGAUGAAAGGGAACGUGAUGACUGCCACCAAGUCUGUGUCACCUUAGCAGGCGAUGAACAGCGGCUACUCAGUCAGACGGGGAGUGGAAGCAUCAUCGUGGAGGGCGACAAGGCGAAGGAUGUGCAAUCUAUCAUUCCGUUCGGAAAGGUCAUAGAGUGCUUGGGUUGCACCCUAAAGUGGUCCAAGGGCGGCUUCUACCAUCAUCACCCAAAACAUGGACGCAUCAAGACCCAUGUGAGAGGGGGAUGCCCAGAGAUAACGGAUGCCGGUCAGGCCGCAGCGAUCAUUGCCGAGCUGGAGAUGAAGAAGGUUGCGGAGCUCAGAGAAAAGACGCAUGAGUUGCAGAGCCAGCUUACAGCGAUCCAGAUGUUGGAAGACCGGAGGGCGGACUGGCGAAUUUUGUUGGCCAAGUACGCUGAGGAGGGGUGUUCAGCAGAUGGUUUGCAAGCGUUGUAUACCUCACCGGUCUUCGCGACCAUGCCCAGCGAGGUGAGGGCGCGUGUUGCUCCUGAACUUGAUGUGGCUCCGGGCGCAGGCUGGAACUACCUGAAGCUUCUACCUCUACCCAGGCGGAUGCGGAAGCGUUUGCAUAAGUCGAGCUGCUGGGUUCUCAACAUGUUUGCUGGCGAGAAGAAGGGAGAUCCUGUGCAGGCCCUAUCGGGGGCCACUUCCUCAAAACAUCGAGGAGCAGUUGUGGUGAUCAAUGUGGACGUUACGUUGUCCUUGGGAUGGAACUUGCAGGGCGAGAUCUACAAGGCUCUUCUUUGGGGCGCCAUGAAUUCGAAGGUGAAGGCUGUGAUCGCUUCCCCUCCUACCAGUGGACUGGCCCUUGCUGGAAAUGGAACCUCGGAAGGCGACCUUCGUUACCUCAAGGACACGGAGAUGAUUGCCAAGGAGUUGUUCUUGUACCUCGUUAGCUACACUGCCUCCGAGGGCGCGGAACCGGCUUUCGCGAUGGGAGCACCGACCGAGGGAAACGCCUUUUGGAAGUCUGAGAUGAUUAAGAAGUUCCAGGACGUGGUUGGAGAGAUUGGGGUCAACGGGUGCGAGUUUGAGCAGGGAGCCUUUGGACACCCGGAGCGGGGCUUCGACGUGCUGUACAAGAAGGCGUUCAAGCUGCGGGGCUCGGUGACGGAGCGGAACAAGCAUGGAAACUUCACAUCCAGCGAGAUCAUGUACCGUUUCGGCGAGAUUGAUGCGCAUGGAUCUGGUUAUAGAUACUUCCUGGCAGCGUCCUACACGAAGCCUCGUUUCCCUGAUUUGGAACCCCCGCCGGAGGACUCGCCGGAAGACUUGGCUGACCUGGAGGAUGACUUCUCUACUUUGGAAGUACAAGAGAAGGAGGACUCGGGGGGUCUUGCAGAUGAUGAGUUCAGCAUUCAGGGAGGUGUGUUUGAUGAGGAUGAGUUGGCUGAGUAUGAGCCUUCUGAAGUCGAUGUUGAUGAAGACCCGGCCAUGAAGAAGGUUGGUGGCACCAAUGGCCUCUGGGAUGACGAUGACUUUGCCGCUGUGGAGCAAGAGAAGGACGCCAAGGCCACGGAGGAUGAGGAGGGGAACGUCGAGGUCCCGACUGACUUUCUCUACUACUUCAAGCCUUUAAAGGGAAAGAGCGGGAAGCAUGUACUGAAGGCCAUACAAGAAAAGUCCUACAACUUCGUGCGGAGUCAGAGGCGCUACGACAAUGGACCCUCGACAACAAUAUCCUCCUUACGCGGGCCGAGCACGUUCUCCACUACGAUCAUCUGGACUUGGACCCCAGCAUUGGGCUACAGCGAUGGCUACAGCAGCUCACCGCCAAAGGGAAGACCGUCUGCGGCCCGAGGCACCCAAUGUUCCAUCAAAAAGAAGUACUACGGCCAAGGCGGAAAACUUGAUCUACUACCUCGAUGGGUCAAAGGCACCUACAUGGGCCCGGUGUGGGACGUAAACCAGGGUUCCGCAAUCCUGGAGGACGAGACCAAUCGCUUUACGGUGUCUACGCAUGUGAGAGCGAAGCUUGUGGACCCAGGUACGAUUGACCAAGAACCGGAGCUUAAGGUUGAGCCCCCGCCGAGGAGGAGAUUGACAACGAAAACUUCGGUGGACAAGGAUGGUGUGAAGUUGCAAGCCUUGUCCGCAAAGGAAGCAGGCGAAGCAAGGAAGAAGUUGCAGGGAGAGAUCGCCGAGAUGUUGAAGAACGCUGACUUCAUUGGCGGUGUAAAUCGACCUCAACUACAAGACCAAGAGCACAAUGCCGAAAGCUCCUACGUGACCUUGGGGGCCUAUCAACACGGUGGCGUGGUCGGGGUUACCAAUGCGACAAAGGACAACGUAACCUUAGCCGAGAAAGUGUGUAAGUUGGUUACUUUGGCCUUUCCGGAGGAGGUGUUUUCCUCGGUGACGAUUGUGAGGGAUACCUUCAUGCCUCUCCAUCGCGACUGUUUCAAUGACCGCAAGACCUACAACCUUGUGAUCCCGUUGGAGGUCACGGAUGACGCGGCAGUGUGGGAGGAACUUUGCCCCGGUGAUUUGUUUUUGGGGAACUAUAAGACUCAGAACUAUAAGGGUCGUGAGUUACCAGGCCAGUUGCACAGCUUGAAGGGCGACGUGAAGGUCAAACCCCAUCGACUUCAUUGCGCAGUGCAGCCAAGUAGUGGAACAAGGCUUCUUUUGGCAGCUCACACUGUCGGGGGAUGGAAAAAGCUCAAGGGUGAAGACCUACAGUUUCUUGGUGGGGUAGGUUUCCAGAUGCCAGACAAGGCCGAUGAGGAGUACAUGAUCAAGCGAGCUCAACUACAAGAGCAUAAGGAGGCCCUACAUCUACCGUGGGUGAUCGAGGACGAGGAUGUGGUUCACGACUUUGGUGAAAAGGAUUCCCCAGCUGAGGUGGACGAAGAUGUGAUCCGAUGUGCAAAGGCGGCGGCGGACAAUCUCUACACCUACAGCAUCGAGGAAAUCUUGAGUUCGCUACAAGAUGAACUACGUGUUGUCCAUACAGUACACCCUCGCGAAGUGGAUCAGAACCUCCCAAGCUGGAUCCCUGCACUUAAGGCCGAGAUGAAGACGCUAGAGGACAUCGGCGCCAUAAAGCGUUUGGUGGGGCAAGCCGCAAAGGACUAUUUGAAUCUUCCUGGAGUACAGGUGGUUCCGGGGAAGGCCGUAUAUACGGUAAAGCCUCCGAACAAGCCCGAAGCCAAAUACCGUCGAAAGGCCCGCAUUGUGGGACGUGGAAAUUUUCAGGCCAAAGAUGACUCGGAGCAGAACUACUCCAGAGGAGCGGCUUCAGAAGCCGUCAGGCUGGGGGUUGCUCAAGCGGCGAGGCGAGUAUGGGCAAUCUGCACCGGCGACGUGGUGAGCGCCUUUUUACGGGCGCCAGUGCCGCAGGGCACGCUUUUGGCCUUGAGGCCACCAGCAGUGCUGGUGAGAGCUGGGUUAGCUCAGCCCAGCGAGGUGUGGUCUGUGCACAUGGUUCGCGACGCUGGUGGCUGCGUCGUCGGCCUAGUCAUAAUCUAUGUGGACGACUUCUUUAUUGCCGCUCCCAAGGAGAUCUGUGGGGAUAUCUAUAAGUGGCUUGCGGAAACGUGGGAAACUACCCCGAUUCAGUUCGCUUCCUCUACUACCCCAAUUCGAUUCCUUGGCAUUGAGGUGCGUGAGGCUCGCAAUGAGGCGGGUGACUUUGAAGGGUACACGUUGGACCAAGAAGGUUACCUUCAAGAAGUUUUACGACACCGAAAUGUAAGGGCAGAGGAGAAGUCUUUGUUGCCAGCUACUAAGGAGACCUUGUCGCUUUCUUCAGAACAUGACCCGCCAACCUACCCCGCUGAGGACCUCAAGCUUGCACAAUCCAUCACCGGUGAGCUUGCUUGGAUGGCCCAACGUUGCAGACCGGAUCUAGCUUAUGUGGUGAGCAUUAUGGCGAGUUUGACUACGAGAGAUCCAGUAAGGGUGGCAGCGAUUGGACGAAAGACUCUGGCCUACCUCAACCACACGAGUUCUUGGAGGCUAAGGUUUUGGACAGGUGGCACGCCUACGUUGGUGACCUACACAGACUCCUCGUACGCCCCCGACGGAGAUCGGAGUCAUGGAGGAGCCGUUACGUUUUGGGGAACGUGCCCGAUAGCAUGGAGGAGUUCGCGCCAACAGCUAGUUACCACCAGCUCGGCAGAGACCGAGCUUGUAGCGGCUCAUCAUGGGUGUCAACAGAUGGAGUCCAUCGAUGCUUUGCUCACGGAUAUGGGGGAGGUCCCGACUCAGCGGAUCAUCUAUGUCGACAAUGCGGCGGCCAUCACCCUUGCGACGUCCGAAGGAGGGAGUUGGAAGACCAGACAUCUGAAGAGUAGAAUAGAACAAGGCUGGGUUGAUGUGGUGUAUUGCCCGGGUGAUCAACAGCUCGCGGAUGGCUUGACGAAGUUGUUGCCGUCACAACGGAUGAAUCUGCUGAUGGAGUUUUGGGGACUCACGGCUGGACUCAACCGUGGAGAUCAAGCACGCCUACGGCAAGUUCAAGCACCAGCAGAGCAAGCACCAGCAGAGCAAGCACCAGCAGAGCAUUCACCAGCAGAGCAUUCACCAGCAGAGCAGUUACUCGAGGAGCACCACGCCCCUACCGUACCACACACGAAUCCUGAGGGGGGCUUGGGUUGUUGUUUGGGUUUGGUCGUAGUGCUUAUGAACUUAGUUAAGGCUAGCGGUGAAGCGAUUAACCCAGAAGUCCAAGCUCCCCUUGCUGUAGAUUCCUCGCUGGAACUAUAUGGUGCGGUAGUGAUGCUGGGAAUUUGUGCAAUCGCUGUCUGGGAGUGUGCAAGAGUGUGCUGGAGAAAUCGCGGAGAAGUCGCCCGCCUGAGGAUGACACAAGAGAACCAAAGGUUGUCAAAGAAGGAGAUGCGAGAGCUGAAUAGUUUGUUGCGACAAAAGUCUGCUUCGCUGACUUCCAAAGAAAGGGACAGGAUGAUACAGUUGGCUGAUGCUACUGGUGUGGAUCUGUCUGGGAUUUUAGCUGGAAGCCCUGCGGCAAAGGCGACGGCUUCUACCUCAAGACCAAGUGCAGUGUUCGGAGGAGCCUCGUCUCCCCCUCCACCACCGGACCCGUACAGCGCAUGCGCUGCAGACGAGGAGUUCCUUCGCGAGCGAAGGCAAGCGAGACAGCAGCAACGGAUGCCCGCCUCCGCCACCACCUACUUACGAGGAUAUCGUCGAGGAGGACGCAAGAAGGCGGAGCUCGUUGUUUGCAACCAUGUUGACAUCCGAGCCAGUGUCGACUGA